UACCACCCCCUGCCCCUCUCAGGUACAGGAAUUUGAGCACAUCAAUGGGCGCUGGUCGAUGCCCGAGCUGAUGCCCGACCCCAGUGCUGACUCUAAGCGCUCCUCCAGAGCUUCCUCUCCUACCAAGACAUCUCCCACAACCCCUGAGGCUUCUGCUACAAACAGUCCUUGCACUUCUAAACCUGCUACUCCGGCUCCAAGUGAGAAAGGAGAUGGUGUGAGGACACCUCUUGAGAAGGAUGAAGCAGAAAACCAAGAGGAGAAGCCCGAGAAGAACAGUAAAAGCGGGGAGAAGAUGGAGACAGAGGCCGACGUCCCUAGCCCAGCUCCAUCUCUUGGGGAGCGGCUGGAGCCAAGAAAGAUUCCUCCAGAGGACGAGGUGCCGGGAGUUCCUGGAGAAAUGGAGACUGAACCUGGGUACCGGGGGGACAGAGAGAAGUCAGCCACAGAGUCGACGCCAGGAGAGAGGGGGGAGGAGAAGCCGUUGGAUGGACAGGAGCACAGGGAGAGGCCGGAGGGGGAAACGGGGGAUUUGGGCAAGAGAGCAGAAGACAUGAAAGGGGAGCGGGAGCUGCGGCCGGGGCUGCCCCGGGACGAGCCGCGGCCCAACGGGCGCCGUGAGGAGAAGGCGGAGAAGCCCCGGUUCAUGUUCAACAUCGCAGACGGAGGCUUCACAGAGCUUCACACACUGUGGCAGAAUGAGGAACGGGCAGCUAUUUCCUCGGGGAAACUCAAUGAAAUCUGGCACCGAAGACAUGACUAUUGGCUUCUAGCUGGCAUUGUCCUCCAUGGCUACGCACGGUGGCAGGACAUCCAGAAUGAUGCUCAGUUUGCCAUUAUCAAUGAGCCGUUUAAAACUGAAGCCAAUAAGGGGAACUUUCUGGAGAUGAAAAAUAAGUUCCUGGCCCGGAGAUUCAAGGUGGGGAUCCAGGAGAGAAGGGACAGCGUUGAAGAGGGGCUUGGGUCAGAGAGGGGACCAGGUGUGGUUGGAAUGUGGGGAAGGCGGACACCUUGAGGGUGACAGCGGUGCUUGAGGCCAAGAGCGGGGUGUACCCUUGUGUCCGGGACUGGUGUGCGUCGGGGUCCGUGCCGGGCCCACCCGGUGUGUCGCUAUGGUAUGAGGCUG